UUUCCUCAAGUAGGCGACGUCACCGUCCAUUUCCUCCUCGGAUCAAAACCCUAGGUUCUCCUCUCCCUCGUAGAUGAAUUCUUAGAUCGCCACGACCUCGAUCCAGAUCUCCUCUCCUCGCUUCCUCCUCCAUUUCCUGCAUCGCCAUGGGCGCCAAGGCCGCCGAGAACGGCGCCAAAUCCUCUCCUUCGGCCCCCUCUCCGCCUCCGCUCAAGGCUUUCUUCCGCCUCAAGACCAAGCAGCAGGAGCUCCUGAUCCGCGUGGCCUCCCUCGCUCUCAUCUACGUGCUCGCCUUCGCCGUUCGUCUCUUCAGCGUCCUCCGCUACGAGUCCAUGAUCCAUGAGUUCGAUCCCUACUUCAACUACCGCACCACCCUCUUCCUCACCCGAAAUGGCUUCUACGAGUUCUGGAACUGGUUCGACUCCGAGAGUUGGUACCCGCUCGGCCGGAUCAUCGGCGGCACGCUCUACCCGGGUCUCAUGGUCACUGCCGCCCUCAUCUACCGCGUCCUCCGCUUCCUCACCUUUGCCGUCCACAUCCGCGAAGUCUGCGUCCUCACGGCGCCAUUCUUCGCCUCCAACACGACCAUCGUGGCCUACUUCUUUGGGAAGGAGAUCUGGGACUCCGGAGCCGGACUGGUGGCCGCCGCGCUCAUUGCCAUCUGCCCCGGAUACAUCUCUAGGUCCGUCGCUGGGUCCUAUGACAAUGAGGGCGUCGCUAUCUUUGCGCUUCUGUUCACUUUCUACUUGUUUGUCAAGGCGGUUAACACCGGAUCCCUCGCUUGGGCUCUUGCAUCUGCAUUUGGGUACUUCUAUAUGGUGUCGGCGUGGGGAGGAUACGUGUUUAUUAUCAACUUGAUCCCUCUGUAUGUUCUAGUUUUGCUGGUGACGGGGAGGUAUUCGAUGAGGCUCUAUGUGGCUUAUAAUUGUAUGUAUAUCCUUGGAAUGCUCCUCGCCAUGCAGAUCAGGUUUGUGGGAUUUCAGCAUGUCCAGUCUGGAGAGCACAUGGCGGCCAUGGGAGUCUUCUUCUUGUUGCAGGUAUUUUACUUUUUAGAUUGGGUGAAGUACAUGCUAAAUGAUAAGCAGUUAUUCCAAUCGUUCUUGCGAAUUACUUUGACCUUUGCUAUAAGUGUUGGUGCCCUUGCUCUUGGAAUUGGCACUGCGAGUGGCUAUAUCUCUCCAUGGACUGGCCGCUUUUAUUCCUUGCUUGAUCCGACAUAUGCAAAAGACCAUAUACCAAUUAUCGCUUCUGUUUCAGAGCAUCAACCAACAGCAUGGUCAUCCUUCAUGUUUGACUUCCACAUUCUUCUUUUCCUUUUUCCAGCAGGCCUUUAUUUCUGCUUCAAGCGCCUGUCAGAUGCAACUAUAUUCAUUGUCAUGUAUGGCCUGACAAGUAUGUAUUUUGCUGGAGUGAUGGUGCGCUUGAUCCUUGUAGCUGCACCGGCUGUCUGCCUUAUUAGUGCUAUAGCGAUCUCGGCAACGGUAAAAAAUCUAACAUCUUUGAUACGCACAAAAGGCAAGGCACCUCUGGCAGUUUCUGGAAAAGGGUCAUCUAGCUUGAAGGCAUCAGCUAAGGCAUCAGCAGAUCAAUCCCUUCCAUUCCAGCACAAUUGCGCUAUUGCUCUGCUUGUUGGUGCUUUUUAUUUGCUUAGCAGAUAUGCUAUUCAUUGCACUUGGGUUACAUCUGAAGCAUACUCUUCUCCUUCUAUUGUCUUGGCUGCUAGGGGUGCCCAUGGUGGUAGGGUUAUAUUUGAUGAUUAUAGGGAGGCCUAUUAUUGGCUUAGGCAAAAUACUCCUGCUGAUGCUAAAGUAAUGUCUUGGUGGGACUACGGUUACCAGAUAACUGCAAUGGGAAAUAGGACUGUUAUUGUGGAUAAUAACACCUGGAAUAAUACACAUAUUGCCACUGUUGGACGGGCAAUGUCAUCAUAUGAGCCUGAAGCGUAUGAAAUAAUGCAGUCAUUGGAUGUAGAUUAUGUGCUUGUUGUAUUUGGGGGUCUUACUGGGUAUUCCUCUGAUGAUAUUAACAAAUUUCUUUGGAUGGUUCGUAUUGGUGGUGGGGUUUUUCCUGUAAUAAAAGAACCAGAUUAUCUAGUGAAUGGUGAAUAUCGUGUCGACAAGGGAGCAGCACCAAAAAUGUUGAACUGUCUCAUGUACAAGCUCGCAUAUUACCGGUUUGGGGAGAUGACUACUGAAUAUGGGAAGCCCACUGGGUACGACCGUGCCCGAGGAGUCGAAAUUGGAAACAAGGACAUCAAACUCGAAUACCUAGAAGAGGCAUUCACAACAUCAAACUGGAUUAUUCGUAUCUACAAAGUCAAGCCUCCCAAGAACCGAUGGUGAGGUACCGUCUUUCUGAAUACCAACCAUCUACUUGUUGGGGAAAAAAAUGAGAAAGAAACAUUGAAUCAGACAAAAUUUCAAGAUAUGCUGCCACUAUGCUGACGGAAGGGUAAACUGAGUAUAGCAAAACCAGAGAUUUGAUCAACUGCGGGGUUAUUCAGGGCGUGAGUAUUUAUCAUUAGUAUUCCUAGAUGGAUAGCUUAUUCGAGUUUAAAGAUUUUUCGUGUCCGAAUUUUGUUUUAAGGAUAACUUAAAUUUGUCGUUAGACCAUCCUUUUAGAUGUUUGUGAUUGCGAUACCUCUGGAAUCUUGCAAUAAAAUUGGAGCUGUUUGUGGA